AUGACACGGCAACUCCCUCAACUAUCUCGUCAUGUCGAUGCCCAGGGUAGCGGAUCCAGUCAACCUACCCGCACCAAUGCCGCCUACACAGUGAAGGAAGCGCCGUUCGGGACUCCGCAGCCCAUUCGCAUUGCCGGGAUCGGUGCCGGUGCAAGCGGGAUCAACCUGAUCCGUACUCUGAGAAACACUCUCAGUGCCUCGACGUACGAGCUUGUGGUCUACGAGAAGAACGAGAAUGUCGGGGGUACCUGGUUCGAGAACCGGUACCCCGGGUGCAAGUGCGACGUGCCGAGCCACAACUAUCAGUUCAGCUGGAGACCGAAUCCGGCCUGGUCGAGCUUCUUCGCCCCCGCGGCAGAGAUUGAGGACUACCUUUGCCAGAUAUGUGACGACGAGCAGCUGCGGCCCUUUAUCAAGACUUCUCAUCAGAUCAUCGGGGCGGCUUGGUCAGAGUCCAAGGCUUUAUGGGAGUUGCAGAUCAAGAACUUGGGGACUGGCGCCGUUUUUGAAGACUAUGUCAACUUUUUUAUCGACGCAACCGGUAUCUUGAAUAAAUGGAGAUUUCCAGACGUGGAAGGCAUCUCGCUAUUCGAGGGUACCCUUAUUCACAGCGCAGGCUGGCCCAAAAACUUUGACUAUACAAACAAGACAGUGGCAGUCAUUGGAAAUGGCGCAUCCGGUGUCCAGAUUGUCCCAGCAAUGAGACCACACGUGAAGAAGCUACACCAUAUUAUCCGGACGCCAACGUUGAUAAUCCCUCCUCGGGCUCUGGGAAAGACCAAGGAAUUCAUGACGGCCAUGCUCAAGGGGAAUGAGAAGCUCUGCAAGCAAUUGAUACCCGACUUUCCCCUUGGAUGUAAGCGGCUCACUCCCGCCCCAGGAUAUCUAGAAUCGUUCCACGACCCUCGGGUCUCCCUUCACACCGACGCCAUCAAGAGGUUUGUGCCCCAAGGCGUAGAAUUGGCCACUGGGGAGAUCCUCGAUGUUGACGUUGUCGUCUGCGCCACUGGCUUCGACUCAUCGUUCCUUCCAUCGUUCCCUUUAGUCGGUCGACACGGCAACUUGCAGGACAUCUGGUCCGAGCAAACACCUAAAGCAUACAUGUCCCUUGCCGUUGCAGGUCUGCCAAACUUCUUCAAGUUUCUCGGCCCUAAUGCACCUGUUGUGCAAGGUGAUGUUUUCACACUCAGCGAGCACGUUGCCACUUACAUCGCCAACACCAUCCUCAAAUGCCAAACGGAAGGCGUACGGACUAUUGCACCAUCUGAAGUGGCCGUGGAGGACUAUUUUGAGCAUAUCUCAGCCAUGAUGCCUCGCACAGUCUUUGCGGGCGGAUGCAGAUCUUGGUACAAGCAAGGCGAGGUCAACGGCCCUGUGACAGGUCUGUAUCCUGGAAGCCGUAUGCACUUCAUCCGCUUGCUGGAGCGAUUCAGGGGCGAGGACUGGGAGUACACGUAUGAGAAUGCAAAUCAGAACCGAUUCGCAUACUUGGGCAAUGGAUUCACCGCGCCGGAGAUGGCGAUGCUCAAAGCUGGAGUACCGCCUUCCUGA